AUGGCGAGCAACACGACAGGCAACGGCUUCAUUGCCUGGAAUCCCGACUUGGAGGACCACAGUAAGGGAAAGCCCAUGAUGGUGAUUGCUAUACUGUUCACCGUCCUGAUCAUCAUAUCUACGGUAUCGAGGCUGUUCAUGAAACUGGAAACAAACGGCGGACUGGCGAUAGCAGACUAUUUUAUUUUCAUUGCCCUCGUAUUCAAUAUCACUGCCAACAUUCUCGAGGUUCAAUCGGUGAAGCUGGGAUUCGGUCGCCAUUUGCAGUUCCUAGAGCGCCCGCAGGUCCUCGAUCUCAAGCGCCUUAGCCAGUACAACAUCCUCUUUGCCAACAUUUCGCUGUGGGCUGUCAAGAUUUCCAUUUGUUUCUUCAUCCUCCUCCUCAUCAAAAACAUUCACAACCGCACAAGGUACGUCGUUUACACCCUCAUUGGCAUCACGACCACGGCCAGCUUUUUGCAGGGCGUCCUCUGGGGCACCCAGGCCCGGCCCCUCCAAAAGCUAUGGAAUCCCGACAUUCCUGGCCAUGUCUCGAGCGUCAAGACACUGGUCAACUCAAUUAUUGCGUUUACAGCCAUCAACAGUUUGACCGACCUGUUUUACGCGCUCUGGCCCGUCUAUUUAAUCGGAGGGCUGCAGCUGAGCUUCAAGAAAAGACUCGUUGUUAUGGCAUUGACUGGUUCCGGACUCAUAACAACAAUACUCAAAAAAACCAUGUACUACCACAGAGUCUUUGUGUGCUCCAUCGUCCGCGCCGCCUUUGACAAUGACUUUUACAACCCAGACUUCACCUGGGCCCUCGACAAGGUGUACCUGUGCACCAUCAUCGAGCGCAACCUUGCCGAGGUCAUUGCUGACCUGCCUGCGUCCUACGCCAUCAUCUGCGGCGUGUCCAAGAAGACCAAGACGCUCAUAUCCCGGACCACCCGCCGCACCGGCCAGGACAGCAAGGCCUAUGAUACCCCCAACCCUCACAGCAGCAAUGUCGUCAAGGUCUCAGCGCCGCGGAACGUUUAUCGUAAGAGCAGCAAGGACGAAUACCAGUACUAUGAUGACGAGGUGCCUCUGCAAAGGUAUUCGCCCCCAAUCAAUGUUAUCACCAUGCGCACCAACAUCGACGUCGAGGCCCACGCCGCAGACUAG